GGCCAAAUACCUCUCACUUUUCAACACUGGCAGAUUUCUACUAGAAUUUCUUCAGAGACUUCAGGGACAGCGUGAGGAAACCUGGGCAGAAGAAGGAAGAACUACGCCAAGUACAGACUUGAACGGUUUCUGUUGGUUUUGACAUCACCAUGAAUAAUUCCACAAAUUUAACCUGUGAUGUCUACAUGCAUCAUGAGGCAGCAAAAGUCAUGUUUUCUUUCUUGUACAUUGUUAUUCUCAUUGUUGGGUUAACAGGAAACGUUUUAGCCCUGCACAUUACAUGCCAAAAACAUCAAAAAAUCAAUUCAACCACGUUGUAUUUAAUCCACCUAGCUAUCUCGGAUGCCCUCUUCACUCUUGCUCUACCAACUCGAAUAAUCUACACUGUCCGAGGAUUUGACUGGCCAUUUAGUGAAGCACUGUGCAGAAUUUCUGCUGUCAUUUUCUACAUAAAUACCUAUGUCAGCAUUCAGUUCAUGACCUGUCUGAGUGUUGACCGAUACAUUGCAGUGGUACAUCCACUUCGAUUUGCCAAGUUUCGGAAAGUACAUAACGUUAGAUACAUCUGUGGUGCGGUGUGGUUCUUUGUUUUUAUCCAGACAGCGCCCUUGCUGUUUGUAACGAUGACGAAGGACAAUAAUGGUUUGGUGACUUGCAUGGAAUACCCUAACUUUGAGACAAAUAAGAACUUGCCCAAACUGCUUCUCUUUGCCUGCUUUUUGGGAUAUUGCUUCCCAGUGACAGUCAUACUCUUCUGCUACUCACGCGUCAACGUGAAAUUAUGCAGGAUGGCAAAGGAAAACCCAUUAACCGAAAGACUUGGUCGGAACAAACGGGCUAUCACAGUGAUUUUGCUUGUUCUCCUGGCGUUUCUGAUAUGCUUCACUCCAUACCAUAUCACCAUUAUGCAGUACAUGAUCCGAAAGCUCAUCUCCCAACAGAGCUGUUGGCAACAGCAAGUCUUCAAGGUGAGCCUGCAAAUCUCCGUCUGCUUCAUGAACCUCAACUGCUGCAUCGAUCCACUUAUCUACUUCUUUGCGUUUAAGGGCUACAAGAGAAAGGUUUUGGGUAUAAUAAGACGCCACAUCACAUUGGCUGUCUCCACCAAGAGUAACUCUGAAAACAACAGCACUCCUGCUACCAUUAGCCAAGUCCAAGGUUCUGGAUCAGGAUCUGCCAAUUGACACUGUCCAAUUUAUUGCAUAAAUUCUUGGAACAAACAUGACGAAUACUAAUGUUUUUUUUAAAAUUGCUAACUCAGUAUCAAUUCUUUGCCAAGUUCAAGCCAAAGUAUCACAAGUCAUUAGGUUACCAGAGAUGACCUGAUAUGGUUUUAUAAUCUGUUUUCUCGAUUCAUCCUGGUAAACUGUGUAAAGUUAAUUUGUCCAUUUGUUAUUCAACCCCAUAUUCUGAGCUGGAAGCUGGGAAGAGUCCUUUAAGUUGCAGAGCUAAUCCAAAUUGAGAGGUCAAGGGUUCAAGUCCCAAAGAAGCAGGUUUUUAAUGUGCUUGGCAUCACAGGCUGGCCAUCGUUUAUUACCUAUCCCUAAUUGGCCUUGAGAAGGUGGUGAUGAGCUGUCUUCCUGAACCAUGGCAGUCCUGUACCUCUACAAACAGCCACAAAGCUGUUAGGGAGGGAGCUUCAGAAUUUUGGCCCCGUGGCAGUGAAGAAACAGUGUUAUGGUCCCAAGUGAAGAUGGUUUGUGGCUUGGAACACAUCAUGCAGAUCGAGUUUGCACAUAUGUGCUGUCCUUGUUCUUCAGGCAGGGAGAGCCAGGGGUUUUGUGGA